AAUUCCUCUGAUCCCUCACUCUUACUGCAAUGGAAAUCAAAACCCUUUUCUGGGUUUUCUUUGUUUGAUCUGUAUUUGCAAUCUUUGUGGGCAUUCCUAGGGUUAGGGUUUCAGAUAACGUCCUACUAUUGCUGGAAACACCUUGACUGUGUGUUUUUGGAUUUGGGUUUCUCUAAGUUCUUCAGAAAUUGAUCUUAAGUUCUGGAUAGGAUUACUCAUUUUGAUUAAAAAAAAAAAUCGAAGCGUUAUAUUCUAGCGGAUUUAGCAGUGUAUUGAUUAGUGUAACUAAGGAUGCAAUCAAGAAGGCGUGAAGAUUAUUCUGCUCUAUCUCCAAAUUCUAAGUUGCGUGCUGAAGAUCGAUUCAAAAGGGGUUUUAACCCUUAUAAUGGUAGUCGCAGCGAUGCGUUGGAUAGGUCUCCACGUGCCCGACAGAGUCUGAGUCCUAAUAGGUUAGAUGGGUCCAGGCGGGUUGCGGGUGCGAGUAGAAGGAGUUCUUCUACUGAAAGGAGGGACUAUGCUUGGCAUGUGGGGGGUGGUAGCGUGGCCAGGAGUGAUCGGAUGCGAUCAAGGUCACCCCCUUUCGAGCAAGUGCAGAAAAGGGCUCAGUUGGAUGAGGGUGAUAUUGUUGUGCACAGGGAUAAUGUGCUGGCUAUGGAGUUGAGGCGGAGAUAUGAGUUGUCCGAGCAUAAUGAUUUUAAGGUUGGUGAUGAUAGCGUGAAGUCAAAAAAUGUUUAUGGAUAUCAGAGUAGCAGUCAUAGAAUUGGCAAAGAUAUUGAAUAUAGUGAAAACAGAUUGCCAGCUGGUGGUGGACAUGGGAUGUUGGCUCAGAAAUCAAUGGCAGUGGAAGAUGGUGUAGCUCGGGGAUCAUAUCGGUUGCCUCAGGAUCUGGGUCCCACCUCAAGUUAUGGAGAAGCUCGUGGGCAAAUAUCAUCCUCAUCACAAGGUGUAGGUAUACGCCAGUUUGAGCAUGAAAGACUUCAAUAUCGGGACCCUAUAGCUGUGGAUAAGUUACCAAUCAUGGAUUCCUACAAAGAUGAAGAGAAACCCAUGUUUCAAUCAAGGGAUAUGGCAUAUCCCAUUGGGUCAGCAUCUCACUCCAAAGAUUUUGCAAGCACCUCCCCUCUAAAGGAUUUGAAAAGCUCCUCUUCAAGGAUGGUGAGGAAUGAGUUUUUGGAUUCUUAUCGGGAUGGCAUGCAUUUGCCUCCUCAUUCAGAUGGAUUUUCAAGGAGCGGUGGAAAGCUUAUAGAUCCUAUAUGUUUUAAUGCAUAUGGGCAAAGUCCACUUACAGAUUCUGCCAGGGGCCCUGAAGCUGGACAUAGGAAUCUGACAUAUUACCAGAGAGCUGCAUAUAGUCCAACCAGGGUCGAGUGUGAGGAGUAUUCAUACCCCAAACUACGGGGAACAGCAAAUGAUAAUCGUGGAUAUCCAUCUGAUGACUUAUACAGAAUGAUGCCGUCACGUGCUCCACUUGACUAUGAUAAUGCAAAAAUUGAUUAUGAUCGUAGAGAUUUGUCUAGACCUAGCCUUAUGCACCCUGUUGUAAACAGGGUUGACGAUAAUAUUGAGGAUUCUUAUGGAAAUCCCCGAAAGGGUAUUAUAUUGGACCAUCAUGCUUUACAAAAGCAAGCACUUUCAGACUACCCUGAUAGGAACAGAACAUCAAACGCAUCAAAUCAAGGUGAGGAUUAUUUUGAUUCUGGAUUUAAUCAUGUUGAGUCUGGAAGGAGAGUGUCACAAGAUUAUGAAAAUUCACAUUUGGGGGCAUCACAGGAUCAUCAAAUAUCACAUUUAAGAUCAGAUUAUGGUUUUGGAAAAGAUGCCGGUCCAAAGUUUCUUAAGGAAAGGCUGCACAAUCCUCCUCUUUCUAUAUAUGAUGCAGAUAUGCAUAGACAUUCUUUAAGGAUGCAGAGAACGAAGGAGGAGCUUCGCUUAUGUGAACCAUCAGAUAGGGUGCGUAAAAGAAUGUAUGAUGUCGUGGAAGAAUUAGGUGCGCAUGAUUCUACAAAACUCAUGUCAAAAUGGAAUGCACGAGGAGAGCUUCAGGAUCUAUUCGAUAGUGGUGAAGAGUGGAUUGAUGAAGAUACGAGUGUUUUGUAUUCGUCUAAUGCUGUGGGAUUUGACCAUAAUCAAUACAGAAAGUCUAGGAGGAUACAUGAUAGGCUAGAGUAUCGUCAAGAUUUUGUGACUGAUGAUAGGUUAUCAUCUCAAGAUUCUUUUGCACAUAGACAAAGGCACUCAGAAAGAUUGUAUAAAUAUGGUGGUCGAUAUACAAGGGAUCAUCCAAAAAUUGGUUCUUUGAGCUCACAAGACUUGCACCAUUUUGAUAGAAGAAGUGGUCUUCACAAACAGCCCAAAGUUUGGAAAAGAAAUGAUGAUUAUCAGGAGGAUGUGCAUGAAGAUUAUGAUGACCCUUCGGAAGAUUGGGCGGAUCCUUUAGAGUCUGAGCCAGCUGAGGACUCUGAGGAGUUCAAGUUACUGGUACAUGAAGCCUUCCUAAAGUACUCUAAACAAUUGAAUGGGAACUCAACUGUUCAAAGACGAUACAAGGAACAAGGAAAAGCUGGUAGUUUGUUUUGCAUCGUAUGUGGGAGAAGCUUUUCAAAGGAGUUCAUGGACACUCAACGCUUGGUAACACAUGCCUUUAUGUCUCACAAGGCUGGGCUGAGAGCACAGCACUUGGGUCUUCACAAAGCAAUAUGUGUCUUGUUGGGAUGGAAUACUGUUGUCCUCCAGGAUACAGUAACAUGGGUUCCUCAGGUCUUGCCUAGUGCUGAUGCUUUGGCUCAGAAGGAGGAUUUGAUACUCUGGCCUCCUGUCAUCAUCAUCCACAACAUUUCUAUGUCAGAAAAUAAUUCGGAAAAAUGGAAGGUUGUCACCAUCGAAGGAAUUGAGGCUUUUAUAAGAAGUAAAGGUUUCGUAAGGGGAAGAAUCAAGGUGUGCCGGGGAAGGCCUGCAGAUCAAAGUGUUAUGGUUGUAAAGUUCUUGGGCACUUUCACUGGGCUGGGAGAUGCGGAGAGGCUUCAUAAGUAUUUUGCAGAGAAUAAGCGUGGGAGAGUAGAUUUUGAGCGUUUCAUAUCCAGCAAUGCCAAAAGUAGCAACACUUGGGAUGCCAGGAUGCAGGGAGACCAGGUUGAGGAAGAUAUUCUGUAUGGAUAUAUGGGUAUUGCAGAGGACUUUGACAAAGUAGAUUUUAAUACGAGGAAGUCGAAUUUGGUAAAGAGCAAGAAGGAGAUUCAAGACCUGGCAAAUGCUCCUCUUAGACCUGAUGAGAGGUAGCUGUCCAUAUAUGACAUAUGUUUGGAUGGUGCUAUAUGGUUUAAUGUUCCACAAACUCGUUCGUCAACUAUUAUAGUUUUCUUUUUCUUCUUCUUUUAGUGUUUCUCUUGGUAGUUAAGUACUCAAGUAUAACAGAUGUUACCUUGAAACUUUGUUUCUGUUAUAUAUGGUAUGUGCUUUUAAUGA